AUGCCUAUAUGCAUCCAUCCGCAAUUCGUCAUCAUCUUGACGGGCAAAGUACUUCCAUCUCACCCGGAACACCGCAUUGCAAUUGGCACUCGAGGCACCAGUGCACCAACCAUGCCCUUGUCUCUCCCGUCGAUCCAGGUAGAAACCGCAUCAUGCAAGCCAACCGGCCUGAGCAAACGAUCAGCCAAUUCCAAGUCUUUGGUCAUAGCAGAACGGAGUGGACACUUUUUCUCUGUAUUUUUUCAUGGACCAGCCACCACCAUCAGCAGCACUUUUCGCUGCGGAAAUGUGAAGUAUCAACUUUCGAUAAUUAAAUCUCUAGCAACUCGAAAUAAAUGCCUUGUACGGGAUAUCUUGUUUAAUAUUCAUCAGAGAAAUGCUUCUGGUGGAUGGACCAAAUUCAUUUCCAUGCUGCUGCCUCAUCUCAUGAAUUUACCAUUAUAUUCAGUGCUCUAUGCAGGAUGUGGUAUUUACACAACCGAGUGUAUGGCCAAUAUACCUAGCCCAAUUAUCAUCCGCAUCCGGCAGACAAACAAUUCCAUUGAUAACCAAACCAAAGACAAUUCCUCACCGUUCCAAUGUCACACAGCCCGGUUGGCAUCAACUGCGAGGAAGUCUAUGAACAAGCAUCCCGUCCUGACACUGCAGAUCAUUUCACGAGCUGUCAUACGUCCCAGGCCAACCAUAUCCGCCUCCCUUUUAUCGCCUGCACAGAUCUUCAUGCAUGGCCCGGAAACCAUCCCCGGAGGGAUUCGGGUACAGAAAUGCUCUGACAGCUUCCCUUCAGCCACCAAUGGCAAGAUACAUAGGGAGGGCAAGGGCACCGUCAGUUAG